AUGGCUUCUAUUACACCUUGCAAAGUCCAAAUGUGGAAUAAGACCAAUCUCACGAUUUUUCUGGUCAUUACUUGCGGAGUCCUGAUCCCUUCGCACAUAGCCAGAUUUUCAGACGAUUCAACUCCCAAAACAAAACAUCAUGAAGUGGCCAAGCGAUUGGACCCUUCCCACCAACUUGGAGAGAAUGAUACUUCCAGUGUUUCUUCCGGAAAGUCAUCUACAUAUAAUAUUCCUAACAAUUUGACUGCCGCUGCCAAUGCCACCUUACCUCAGCCGCUUCUCGGAUCAUCAGAUCCCAACGGUGGCCUACUCACGGAUCCUUCGCAUCCAACUUUUGGCACUAUCCCAGUCGGAGUCCCAAUUAUAAAACCUUCUGAUCUCGUCACCAGUGCUCUCUUGACGGCCGCUCCAUCUUCAGCAACAGCGAAAGCCAACUCAUCGAUGAAUUCGGAGAGCUCAAAGAAUAUGACAAAUCAGCCCCAAGGUUAUAACCAAACAUUGGGACAACAGCCGGUUUUGAGUGGUAGUAUGGCGAUUUCCUUGCCCACCCUCACUACUACUUCCAUGGUAUCUCAAGCCACUCAACCUCCUGUUCCUGCAAACGGAGCCGUGUCACUUAGCAGUCUAUCACCCAACACUGUGCUCGAGGUGGUGACGGCGCCAACACCAACAACCAGUACUGCCUAUGUCUAUGCAACUAAUUCACCUAUAUCUUCUGACAACGCUUCACCCUCAUCUAACUCUUCCGGUCAUUAUCUAUUGCCAUCAGCCAUCUAUCCUUUGGUUGGCUUUACAUUGGCGUUGAUCCCAGCUAUUCAAAUCAAUUGUUUAUAG